AUGCCUCCCUCUCCCUCCACACUGCCCACACCCAACCAAGCCUUCUCUUUUCAGGUUGAGUAUCCACAGUUCCUGCAAUUCCUCUUCAAGUUACCUGGUUUCCAGUCCCCUCAUGAACCAGUUGCCAAAAUAACGAACACAAAAGGAGAAAGGAGAGGGACACGUUACAUGUUUUCUAGGCCCUUUAGAAAACAUGGUGUUUUCCCUUUGGCUACGUAUAUGCAAAUAUACAAGAAAGGUGAUAUUGUAGAUAUCAAGAGUAUGGGCACAGUUCAGCAAGGAAUGCCCCACAAAUGUUACCAUGGCAAGACUGGACGGGUCUAUAAUGUUACUCAACAUGCUGUAGGCAUUGUUGUAAACAACCAGGUUAAGGGCAAGAUUCUAGCCAAGAGAAUUAAUGUGCGUAUUGAGCAUAUUAAGCAUUCUAAGAGCAUAGAUAGCUUCCUGAAGAGGGUAAAAGAAAAUGACCAGAAGAAGAAGGAAGGCAAAGAAAAAGGCACCUGGGUUCAACUGAAAUGUCAGCCUGCUCCACCCAGAGAAGCACACCUUGUGAGGACCAAUGGCAAGGAACCUGAGCUGUUGGAACCAAUCCCUUACAAAUUCAUGGCAUAA